AUCGCCCGGUUCUUUUCUUCUCAUUAUCUUAGCGUUUGCUCGACGUCUUCGAAAAUUCUUGUUAAAGUUUUAGAAGUGAGUUUUUAUUAGGAACAAAAGCUAUUUCAUAAUAAAAACGAGAUUUUUCGAGUGAGAAAGACGUUGCGAAAGGAAGGCACGACGCGCUUGUGAACAUUUUUUCGUGAAUUUUGAAGUCGGUUGCACAUAUCGCGAAGGACGUACUCCUCAAACUUAAAACUGAACGCUAAGAAAACUCAUUAAAGAAAAGAAAAAAAACUUAAAAUGUCAGACUGGGAGGAAGAGACUGGUCGCGGUUUUGGCAAUCAGCAGGCCAAUACUCAGAAGGAAGUCUCCGGAUGGAGUGACGAUGAGGGUACUGCCCAGAGCGGUGGAGGUGGACGCGGAGGUGGAGAUAGGGGCGGCUAUCGCAGGGACAACAACUCUGGUGGGUACCGAGGACGCCAGGACAACGAUAAUGGUGACGAUCGGCGUGGAAGCCGCGGAGGCGGUGGCUUUAAUCGCGAGCGUGGUGAACGUGGGGACCGUGGUGAACGCGGCGAACGUGGUGAGCGUGGUGAACGCGGCGAACGUGGUGAGCGUUUUGAACGCGGUGAACGUGGGGAGCGUGGUGAGCGUUUUGAACGCGGUGAACGUGGCGAUGGAAAUGGUUUUGAGCGACGUCGUCGAGGCGAUAAUGACGAUAUGAACAACAACAAUAAGGACUUUGGCGAGGACGGCGAGAAAAAACGGGAGUUCUACAUACCCCCCGAACCCACCAACGAUGAGGGUGAAAUUUUCAGCAGUGGCAUCACUUCUGGUAUUAAUUUCUCCAAAUAUGACAACAUUCCUGUCAAGGUAAGCGGCGAUAAUGUGCCAAAGCCAAUUGCCAAAUUUGAUGAUGCCGGUCUCCGUGGUAUCGUUUACGAAAACGUCGUCAAGUCUGGUUACAAGGUGCCCACACCUAUCCAAAAGGUGUCUAUACCAGUGAUUGCCGAUGGGCGUGACUUAAUGGCGUGCGCCCAGACAGGCUCUGGAAAAACAGCGGCCUUCCUCUUGCCGAUAUUAAGCAAGCUUUUGGAGGAAGCCCAGGACCUGGAGAUUGGCAAGCCACAGGCUGUCGUUGUUUCACCCACUAGGGAGUUGGCCAUUCAGAUAUUCAACGAGGCGAGGAAAUUUGGCUUCGAGUCGUAUCUGAAGAUUAGUAUCGUGUACGGCGGUACAUCGUUCAAGCACCAGAAUGAGUGCAUCACCAAGGGAUGUCAUGUGCUGAUUGCCACGCCGGGAAGGCUGCUGGAUUUUGUCGAGCGGACUUUUAUAACUUUUGAGGAUACUCGCUUUAUUGUACUUGACGAGGCCGAUCGCAUGCUGGACAUGGGCUUCUCGGAAAGUAUGCGGAAGAUUAUGACGCAUACUACCAUGCGACCAGAGCACCAAACGCUCAUGUUCUCCGCUACAUUCCCGGAGGAAAUUCAGCGUCUGGCUGGGGAGUUUCUGAAGAACUAUGUAUUUGUAACUAUUGGCGUGGUUGGAGGGGCAUGCUCUGAUGUUAAGCAAGAAGUUUUUGAAGUUAACAAAUUUGGUAAACGGACCAAACUUAUGGAAAUCUUGCGGGAGAAUGCCGAUGGUACAAUCGUCUUUGUAGAGACAAAGCGUGGUGCUGACUUUUUGGCCUCCUUUCUGUCUGAAACCGAGUUCCCCACCACCUCUAUCCAUGGUGAUCGGCUCCAGAGUCAACGCGAGCAGGCCUUGCGUGAUUUCAGGACUGGCAAGAUGAAGGUAUUGAUUGCCACUUCAGUGGCGGCCCGUGGUCUAGAUAUCAAGAAUGUGAAGCAUGUGAUUAACUUUGACUUGCCGAACAAUAUUGCCGACUAUGUCCAUCGUAUCGGACGUACAGGUCGUGUGGGCAACAAUGGACGUGCCACUUCGUUCUUUGACAUAGAUCAUGACCAAGCACUUGCUGCUGAUUUGGUUAAUACACUGGCGGGAUCUGAUCAAAAGGUGCCGGAUUUCCUUCGUGCGAUUAGUAAUGGCUGCGGCGGUGGUUACUCGAACUCUGCGUUCGGUGGACUGGAUGUUCGCGGUGGCGGAACUGCCAUCACUUGUGCUACCAGCAACGAAGAAGACCAGGACUGGGACUAAAGGAGGAAGAGAUGGGCGAAUAGACGAAAAUUAAAAAAAAAAAAAACAUUGACAAUUUGAAUCAAAUGGGUGGUAUAUAUAAUUGAUAUGUAUUAAAGCCAUUCCUUUAAGUUUUUAAUUUCCAAUAUGGAGAUUAUAAUUUAAUUACCUAAAUAUAGAACACGAAACCUAAA